ACUAAGGAAAUUAAUUAAAAAUUAAUUUGUUGCAAAUAAAUAGCAACAAUGCGUUCUAGAUCGUCGAGUCUGUCUUCUAUAACGGAUUUGUUUCGGCCCAGCAACCCGACCGGGCUGCGGUCUAGAGAUUUGAGCAGCACUCGCCUCAGCGCACUCAAGAAGGAGAUACAGACGGACGCGCAUUUGAUCCCUUUGAAGGAUCUAUACACGAACCUCGAGACGGAUCCCGUAAGCGGGUUGAGGAAGGAGCAGGCCCACCGUCGUCUGGCGUACGACGGACCGAACACGCUCACCCCCGCCACGCAGUACGGAUGGCCGCUCCUGCUGUUUAAGUCGCUGUGUACUGGUUUUUCAACUUUGAUAUGGCUGGGAGCGAUUCUGUGUUUGACGGCGUUCGUCAUAGAGCGCGCCACCAAACUCGACCCCGGUACGGACAACUUAUACUUGGGAUGUGUUCUCAUAACGGUCGAUGUUAUAUGUGGCCUCUUCAGUUUCUUCCAGAAUUAUCAGAGCUGCAAGAUAAUGAAGUCUUUUAAAAGUAUGAUACCAAUGCACACACGGUGUACUAGAGAUGGCGUGUUAGAUACAGAGAUGCCUGUUCGAGAUUUAGUCAAAGGGGAUAUUGUUGAAGUGAGGGCUGGUGACGUCAUACCUGCAGAUAUACGGAUUAUAGACAGCAAAGGGUUCAAGGUAGACAACUCGUCACUAACGGGCGAGAGUGUGGCGGUAUCACGCAGCAACGUGGAAGGUACAGAGAACAUUCUGGACUCCCCCAAUGUCGCCUUCUUCUCCGCGCUAUGUGUCGAGGGGUACGCUAAAGGUGUAGUGCUAUGCUGCGGGGACCUGACCGCGCUGGGCCGCGUUGCGGGGCUGGCAGCACGACUGCAGCCGAAGCCCUCGCCGCUAGCCCAGGAGCUGCACCGCUUCAUGCGGUACGUGUCCGUGUGGGCUCUUACCCUGGGCUUCGUCGUUGCCACCGCCUGCUUCGCCCUCGGAUACCCCUUCAUGCAGACGAUUAUUUUCGUGAUCGGAAUGAUCGUUGCGAAUAUUCCUGAAGGCUUACAGCCAACCGUAACUGCCUCCUUGACACUAACCGCCAAGCGGAUGGUGUCUAAGAACUGCCUGGUGAAAAACCUGGAGUCCAUCGAGGCGCUGGGCGCGUGCACCACCAUCUGCUCCGACAAGACGGGCACGCUCACAGAGAACAAGAUGUGCGUAAGACACAUCUGGAUGUGGAAUAGGGAGUUUAUGAUGGCAACUGAUGGUGACGAUUCUAUGUACCAGCACAAAGCGUUUGAGCAUUUAAAAAUAUGUGCCGCGCUGUGUAGCUCCGCUACCGUCGAGAACGAAACAAUACGGGGCGACGCCUCGGAAAAGGCGAUAUUAAACUUUCUACUCCAGUUUAAUGAUCCCAUAGGAAUUAGAGGAAAUUUCCCCAAAGUUGCCGAGAUUCCUUUCAACUCCGUCAACAAAUACCAAAUGAGUAUCCACUCCGAUUCUCAAACAAAAUACCUACUCGUCAUAAAAGGAGCACCUGAAUGUAUUCUGACGAAAUGUUCCACUAUUAUGGCUGAAAACAAAGAGGUGGCCAUCACUGAAGAAACUGCUGCAGUCAUAGACAAAGUCAUCGAAAAUUUGGCAGGCACUGGAGAACGAAUUCUCGCAUUUGCUGAUUUACAAAUAGAUGCGACGCAGUUUGACUUGAACUUGGACUUUGACAUGGACGAAGCUAACUUCCCCCUGAAGGAUCUCCGGUUUCUGGGACUCAUGGGACUGAUCGAUCCGCCGCGGAAAGAAGUGCGAUCAGCGAUCGAGCAUGUGCGUUCAGCUGGCGUGCGCGUGAUGAUGGUGACGGGCGACCACCCGGCCACCGCGCGCGCCAUCGCCUCCGACGUCGGCAUCGCGACACAGCGCGACUGCCGCGUCGUCACCGGCGCCGAGCUGCGCCGCAUGACACCCGACCUGCUCACCAAGACGCUGGAGAAGCAUUAUGAGAUAGUGUUCGCGCGCACAUCACCAACUCAGAAGCUACAGAUAGUGGAGGCGUGUCAGAAGCUGGGCGGCGUGGUGGCCGUCACCGGCGACGGCGUCAACGACGCGCCCGCACUCAAGUGCGCCGAUAUUGGCAUAUCCAUGGGUAUCACGGGAUCACAGGUGUCUCAACACACAGCAGACAUAAUCCUGAUCGACGACAACUUCGCUACGAUAGUGGUGGGUAUAGAGGAGGGGCGGAAGAUAUUCGACAACCUGAAGAAGUCCGUCUGCUACAUACUCAUAUCUAACGUCCCGGAGAUCUUCCCCGUGUUCAUGUUCGUUCUGUUCUCCAUCCCGUUGCCUUUAGGCGUAAUGACGAUCCUAUGCGUGGAUCUCGGCACGGACAUGUGGCCGGCGGUGGCGCUGUCGUUCGAACAGGCGGAGUCCGACGUAAUGUCCCGGCCACCGCGCGCCGGCCCGCUCGUCUCGCCCCGCAUGCUCGCGCUCACGUACGGACACCUUGGACUCAUGGAGUUCGCGGCCGGCAUGUUCGCCUACUUCGUAGUUAUGGCCGAGUUUGGAUUCUAUCCGAAGGAUCUUUUUGGCAUACGUAAACAAUGGGACUGCGAAGCCGUGAACGAUCUCCCGGACUCGCUGGGCCAGGAGUGGACGUACUGGGAGCGCAAGGAGGCGGAGCGCGCGGGGCAGGCCGCCUACUUCGCUGCCGUCGUGGUGGCGCAGAUGACCAACGGUAUCAUAUGCAAGACCAGAUACAACUCCAUCUUCCACGUCGGUAUGCGGAACAUGGUACUUAACAUGGGUCUAGUGUUUGAGCUGCUGUUGGCGUGUUUUGUGUGCUACACGCCGGGACUCAACACUUUCCUGCGAACCUAUCCUCUGCCGUUGAAAUGGUGGUUCCUGGCGCUCCCCUAUUCGGCGCUCAUGUUCGCUUUCGACGAGCUCCGGAAGUAUUGUAUAAGGAAACGACUCUUCCGAGCUUGGUACAAUAACAUUACACUCUACUGAUAUUGGAGUUAUUACAUACUUGUGAAGUAAAGUAAAAGAAGAUAGAGGUACCUAUAGUAUUAAACGUUCAGAAAGAACAUUGUAUUUAAUUUUGACGUAGGUUACGUUUAGUUCGUCAGACACAAAUUACAGAUUUUGACGUGGGAUAGCCAUGAUUCGGCACGAAUGUGCCGGCUCGGCCGGAGAAAUACCACGGGCUCACAGAAAACCGGCGUGAAACA